AUGCUCCAAACCAGCAUUAUUGGGAUACUCUACGCCCUUUCGCUUUGGUCCGCUACUAAUGCAGAGAAUAUCACGAGUGACAGCUACUUCUAUGGCCAGUCGCCUCCGGUCUAUCCGUCUCCGGAAGGUACGGGGUCCGGGUCCUGGGCCACAGCUUAUAGAAAGGCACGAGAUCUUGUUGAGAAACUGAGCCCAGAGGAAAAGGUCAGCCUGACAGCUGGUGUCAAGUUGGAUGAUGGAUGCAUGGGGAAUAUCCCCGCCAUUCCCCGCGUGGGGUUUCUUGGGUUGUGUGAAUCGGAUGCUGAAAAUGGAUUGCGAAUGACGGACUAUGUCAACGGCUGGUCCAGCGGGAUACAUGUCGGCGCAAGUUGGAGCAAGGAUCUCACUAGACAGCGAGGGAUGCAUAUGGGCCAGGAAUUCCGCAAUAAAGGUGUCCACGUGCUGCUAGGUCCAGUGGUUGGUCCCAUUGGACGGGUUGCAACAGGCGGUCGUAAUUGGGAGGGCUUUUCAUCUGAUCCUUACCUCACCGGAGAACUGGGUGCAGAGACAGUCAAGGGAAUUCAAUCAGCAGGCGUGUCUGCAAGCACCAAGGCAGGUCACUAUAUUGGCAACGAGCAAGAACUGCACCGCAACCCUGAAACGGAUGCUCAAGGGGAAAAUGUUGAGUCGGUCUCAUCUAACAUUGAUGAUACAACAAUCCAUGAGCUCUACCUCUGGCCCUUUCAAGAUGCUGUGCGGGCUGGGAACGCAUCAGUCAUGUGCUCAUAUCAGCGCAUUAAUAACUCAUAUGGCUGCCAGAACAGCAAGACACUCAAUAGCCUUCUCAAAGGGGAGCUUGGCUUUCAAGGAUACGUGAUAACAGAUUGGUAUGCCCAACAUGCUGGCAUUGUAGCAGCUAAUGCUGGCUUGGAUAUGGUGAUGCCAAUUACCACUCUCUGGGGCCUGAACCUUACAGAUGCCAUCGCCAAUGGGACCAUGGAUGCCUCCCGGUUAGAUGAUAUGGUGACAAGAAUCAUCGCAUCGUGGUAUCAACUUGGCCAAGAUACUUCCUUCCCUCCAACAGGUAUCGGAAUGCCUCAUGAUGUAAAUGCGAACCAUCAGCGCAUCAUCGCCAAGUAUCCGGCGGAACGAGAGACGCUCUUGCAAAGCGCUAUUGAGGGCCAUGUCUUGGUCAAGAACGUUGAAGGGGCGCUACCGCUGCAAACACCGCAGCUGCUGUCAGUGUUCGGUUAUGAUGCAAGA